UUUGUUAGUCAAGGCAAUGACCUCCACUGGCCAGCCGGAGACAACAGUUGGAGACAAGCCGCAGGCGAGAGUUUUAGCAUGCCCGGAGGUUCCUCCUCUCGUGCUGCCUCACUAUACUGACAAAGGGUCAGCCUUCGACCCUCCCCAUUGCUCCUACCACAGCCUGGGCCACUGUCUGCGCACCAACAUCUUUCCAGGAGCUCCUCCGGUGUGGAAGUCCCUGAUAUAAGACUCCUACAUCGGUCACCCCUUGCCCGCCCCUCCUACAGACACCCAGCGUUGGUACGGCCUCAGGACUGAUGCCAUUGAAUCCCGCACCACCUGAUGGAGUCAGCAGGAGCAGCUGCCAACCCCCUUCCAUCGAUGGAGGAACGUGUCCUCCAUCAUACCACCGCCUUCCAUCGGAUAGGAUUGGCGAUGGAGAGAAUGGACCGAUGGGAGAGGAGUGGAAUGGCCCAGACACACGGCCGAUCGGUGCUGGGGGGGCCGUCUGGGAGUUGAGAGGGCAGGCGGAACACUUCUCGGUCACCCCAGUUAGACAGGGGCGGUAAUGAUGUGGUCCAUGCUUCACCUGCUGUUCCUGCUGUCUGUCCCACCAGGCUUCACUCACAACCUCCAAGGACUGUUUUGUGUGAAUGACUACAUCAACAACAUCGCCUGUGUGUGGAACAGCUCGGGAAUAGAUCCAGAUGUGGCCUGCCAGCUCCUCGGUACAAGAGAAGACUAUGAAAACAAUUUUUUCCAGAGUGGUUGUGAUCUCAAACCCUUGGAAGGUCAUUAUUUUGGAGGCUGCAGUUUUGUCUUUAAGGGCCAUUAUUUCAGUUCAAACGAGAACCUCCCCAGCAUUAAGGUGGAGUGUAACGGGUCUGAGGCGGCAAACCUCAUAAAAUACACACCUAUCGAACACAUUAAGAUGCAUCCUCCUGGUAUCCCGCUCAUCAUCAAUGGGACAAAUGCCACCUGGACUGCUGGUAGUCCGCUGUCUAAGAAGAUCUUUGCAUAUGAGUUCCAGGUGAAGGUGAAGAGGGAAGACCAGCUAUGGGGGGAGGCCAAGAAUUUUACCAGACCAAAGCAGGAACCGUGGAUGGAGCUGGGUGUGGAGGAGAGUGGGAUUCAUCACAUCAGGGUGAGAGUCAAGCCGACCCAGCCCGCCUCUAGCCACUGGAGUGAGUGGAGCCCCACUGCAUCCUGGACAUCAGAGGGUGAGGUCUCACCAACCUUUGUGCAGUCCCCGGACCUGGCUUUGUGGCUGGUGUUGAGUGGUGCGCUUUUCACUCUCAUCAUUGUCAUGUUGUUAGUCUUCUACAAAACACAUAUAAACAAUAGGAAACACCAGUAUGUGCCUGACCCCGCCAAGUACUUCCAGCCACUUAACUCUGUCCAUGGUGGAAACUUUCAGAAAUGGCUGAGCCCUUUGUUUGCUCCAGAGUGCUUCAUCACCGCCCAGCCCGGCGAGGACAUCUCCCCUGUGGAGGUGUCUGGAACAGAAGUCUGGGACGUCACCGACUCCACCAGCUCCACCACCGCAGCCUUCCUCCUACACUCUGACCCCAACACCCUCUCUGAUGGCUGGAACAGCAGCGGCCAGUCCUCCUGCUUCUCCAACAUCGGCUACUUCUACCCCAGCGGCCUCCGCAUCGAGUCUUGUCCCGUCUACUUCACCUACCAGGGGGACCACAGCUCUCUCUACGCCACCACCACAUCCUCCUCCUAUGAGCUCUUGGAACUUCUCGGUCGGCUGCAGAGGGAGCCCCAGAGCCCAGACUCUGGUUUCGGCAUGGAGAGCGUAGAGGGGAAGGACCAGGUGGAGGAGGAAGGAAAGGGUAAGAAGGAAAGGGAUAUGGCUCCAGUUGACCAUCAUUCACCCCCUCCUCUUGUCCUACCAGUCCCCCUGCCUGCUGGAAUCCCUCCAGGCCCUCACCAUCCCCCGAGUCUCCCUCAACUCCCCCUUCAUAAUCCUGAGACUAACUCUGCCAUGGCGCCUAGCAGCAGUUACAAUGCCUGGCCAGUAGAGGCUGCUCUAGGCAGAUCCUCCUCAAUGACAGUGGAACCCAGUUGUAGCGGCUAUUUAACCAUUAAUGAGCUGCAGAAUACCUACAGCAACAAGUCUAUUUGAACAAUCCAUUUUUUUCACUGAAUUUACAUUUUAGUUGAGCUGUUGAACUUAUUCUUCAUGCAAACUAUGACACAAGGCUCAGAUAAUGCAGGUACAAAAUCAUUUUUUGUAGUUUAUUUGUAUUUUAUAUACAUUUUGUAUAUUACUUGUAUUACUAUUGAGGCAGCUGGUUUGCCAAUGCGUUGUUACUUUAUCUCAGAUAGUUAGUGCUGCUAGUUGUUUUUGUCUUUAAAUGCGUUCACUGACAGCUUGUUUGUAUGAAGAUCUGAAUAAAACCUCUGGCAGAAGA